UUAAUUUUGAAAUAUUGUACCUAUUUGAAAAUGAGUUUAGAAAAUUUAAAAUUAAUAGUGUUUGAUUUAGAUUACACAUUGUGGCCGUUUUGGGUAGAUACACAUGUUUCACCUCCAUUUAAAAAAGCACCAGAUGGUAAGGUUGUGGAUUCUCGCAAUAAACACAUUCAGUGUUACCCAGAGGUGCCGGAAAUUUUAAAACGAUUAUAUGGAGAAGGUUACAUUUUAGCAGUGGCUUCGAGAACAUCAGAAAUCCAAGGCGCUAGACAGUUGAUAAAUUUAUUCGAAUGGAAUAAAUAUUUUACGUACUAUGAAAUUUUUCCCGGAAGCAAAACUACGCAUUUUAAUAGAAUUAAGAGUUUGUCUGGAUUAAGUUACAACCAAAUGAUAUUUUUUGACGAUGAAGAGCGGAAUAUAAGAGAUAUUAAGAAAAUAGGAGUAGUCUCGAUAUUAGUUAAAAAUGGAGUCAACAAAGCUUUAAUAGAAGCAGGAAAGAAACAAUUUUCAAAUGGAAACAAAUAG